AUGCAGCCACUCUCUGCCCUCAGCGCCCUCCUGCUGGCGCUGGUCGCUCCCUCCUGGGCCACCACCAACGGCCGCGGCAUCGUCUACGAGAUCCACGAGGUGCCCGACAAGGGCGAGGCCAUCGCCACCGCACAGAGCUACCCCGUGGGCGUCGGGAAGAUCGGCGGCUACGCGGCCGGCGGCGGCAAGAAGGGCGAGGCGGGCGCGCUGUCCAGCGUCGCCUUCUCCGGCGGGCAGGGCGCGCGCGCCGUCAACAAGGCCGACCAGGGCUUCUACGGCGGCGCCGCCGGCGGGCUCAACAACUACAACCAGGGCGGCGCCUUCCAGCACGGACUGGCUCGCGGCCAGCAGGCCCUCACCGCUGGUGCGGUGAAGGCCGGAGGUGGCCAUCGCAAGGGCCACAGCAGCAAGGGCUUCCAGAACUACCACCACAAGGACGAGUCGGGUCAGACCUCCACCUUCUUCGACGAGGCCAGCGACGAGGGUGACCACUUCAAGUACACAGGCCAGCAGGGCGGCUUCGGCGUGCAGGACGGGUCGCAGUACGGCGGCAAGCUGGAGGAUGCGCGCUUCGCGGCCGAGCAGGCUGCGCGCAAGGGCGGCUUCGGCCACGGCUUCGCCGUCGACGACGCCUCCGGCCACAAGGGCUCCCGCGGCCAGCAGGCCUUUUACGGCGGCGAGCAGGGCUACGGGCAGAGCGCCGCCUACGACGACUUCGGCAAGAAGGUGGCGCAGCAGGGCCAGCAGUUCGGCGGCCAGCACGGCGCCUCGUACGGCCAGGGCUUCUCCAAGGGCGGUUACGGCGGGGUCGGAGGUUACUACUAGGGCCGGCAGUUACCUGCUGCCGCGGAAAACGUGUACAUACAGCGGAACCCCGCCAGAGGCACUCUUCGCAUCACACUGUCUACACUGUGGUCCGUUCCAAUCCACACAGUCUUCUGUACUGUUUGAGGUGCUAGACGUCUUUAGUGGGCAGUACCUACUGCACUAAGUUUAACAAGUCUUGCCCAAAUAUACAUUCUUCAGAUCUAUUAACAAUUUGUCCAUUCUCUCACUGCCUCCACUACAAAGAUUAGCUUCUGUCAGUCCGAGCAAAUGAAAUUCUAUAGGCCGAUCACGCAGAGUAGUGUCUCGAAAUCGUAAUAGCACUGUGGAGUGCCGUGCCACUUUAAGCAUUCGUGUACUCGGGGCAAAUGAAAAUAAUCCUAGGUACCUCUGCAUCCACAGCCACUGUAAAUGUCUUAAAUGAAGUAGUAUUGCUGCCCCCUUGGGCAUCAUUGGGUUAUACUGAAAUAAAAAUUAUAGUGCUGCUAAGUUAGCGCGCCAACGGUCUUGCCGCAGUGGUAACACCUGUUACCGUCAGAUCACCGAAGUUAAGCGCAGUCGGGUUUGGCUAGCACAUGGAUGGGUGACCGUCCGGCUCUGCCAAGCGGGGUGCAUUCAGCAAUUGAGGAGCUGCUUGCUUGAGAAGUAACGGCUCCGUUCACGAAAACUAAGACCGACCAGGAGAGUUGUGUGCUAACUACAUGCUUCUCCGUAUCCGCAUCUGGUGAUGCUUGUCGCCUGAGGAUGACACGGCGGUCGGACGGUACUGUUAGGCUUUCCGAAGCGUGUUUGGACGGAGUGGAGUAGUGCCGCUAAGUUCCUUGAUAUGCAUCCCAUUUGAUUUCAAAACGCUGAUCAGGUCGUGUGUGUUUCCACUUCAAUAUUUACGGUAAUGCAUUUUAGUGAGGCUAUCACAUUUUGCAAUUCCCUGCAUCGAUGUGUGCAACAGUGAUUCAGCUUGUCAAUUUUUAUUUUUAUUUAACUUCAUACUGUCCAAGGGUGCAAAAUUAACAAAUUGUUAAAGUGUCCGUUUCAUAGUAAAUGAAUUAUUUGCGCAACAAAAUGACUUCCUUAAAGAAAUUUCAACACUGAGUAUAACGUUUUCAUUUCACCUUAUUAUUACUAGAGAACGAAUACUUCGCUGGCGUUGUGCGUGUUAUGAAUUUUUAUAAACAACCAACGCCUUUCUAAACAACACACACUUUGCUUGGUCGGGCUGUUGGAGAAAGUCACCUCCACUGCCGUCUUCCAUCGAGUGAUAUUCAUCCCACUCAUAUAGUAACAUGUGUAUAUCAUUCGGCGUAAGGCUAGAUGACGCAGUGAGAGGAAGAAGAUCAUAUACAGCUGCUCUCACAUGAUUUGAGAGCAACAACCGAUGCAAAUUCUCAAAGAUAUUUUUCUGUUGACUAUCGUUUCUGAACUAAAGGCGUCGUCGUAUUCCCUACAGACUUGUGCUUGAUGUGAAGAGGAAUAUUUCUGUAAAUUUGUUAAAAUAAUGCAAAUGAAUGACAAAGAAUAAAGAACGAUUUUGAA